AUGUUCUCCUCAUCCAGACGACACGAAUCAUCGAGCAAGAGCUUCUCCAAGAGCCACAAGGUCAACAAGUCCAGCUCUUCCUUCAGCAAGGAUAGCGGUGUCACCAAGCGACGACAUGAGUCUCGCCAUCGGAGACCGGCUACGGCUUCUACAGCCACAGCCAGUGAUGACACUGUCAUGGGAAACAACUUGACUUCUGCCAUCGUCACACUCGUCGUCGGUGCUGAACAACGCCUCUUUGCCGCUCACGAAGACGUCCUCUGCGGCAGCCCCUUCUUCAGCCACGCUCUUCGAAACGGGUACAUGGACGCCGCCACCAAGCGCAUCGCCCUUCCCGACGAGGAGCCUGAGAUCUUUAGCUCUGUCCUCGAGUAUCUCUACAAGGGUGAUUACUACCCUCGUCUGGUGCACAACAAGCGACGCAACUCUUGGGAGAUUGAGCCUACUACUGAAGAAGAGCGUGCUGCCGUCGAGAGCACCGUCUAUCAUCGUGGCGUGGAUGGUGAUCUUCUCAAGGAUACUGUCAUUUACUGUGCGGCUGAAAAGUAUGGACUGGAUGAGCUGAAGAAGCUGGCACUUCGCAAACAAGGACUCCAAUCUGGUAUCCAGUGCAGCACCAUCCUCGCUUCGGCCAGAUACGCCUACGCCAACACUCCCGACACAGACUCCAAGCUGCGAGCCCACUAUCUCGCCCUCAUCAUCCGCUCUCGCAGUACCUUCAAGCGCAGCGGAACCAUGCAACUCGAGAUGUACAACGGAGGCACGCAACUGUUCUUUGAUCUCUUUGUCGCUCUCUGCAACCACGUCGACGACAUUUCCUCCGCCCAAAGCACGCCACGUUCCAACCGCCACUUCUCUUAA